AUGUAUACGAGUCUUGAGAGUGUGCAGGUUGAUGGGUGGAUCCGUAACAAAGAUUUGUUGAGUGCGAUAUUUGGACUUCUUAAUGUGAAAAACGUGACGAUUUGGAAUUGCACACAUAUCAAUUAUUUGAACACAAUUUGUGACUGCAUUUCUGAAGUCAAUUUGAAGCACCAACACAAGUUGGACAAUGUCAACAUUUCCGUGUUCAUUGAGAAGAGCAUAUCAACAGAAAUAUACAAAGAGGAGUUUGAAAGUGCGUUUUUAGCACUCAAACAGUUGGGUGUGAGUGUGUACUACAACACAGAGAAUGUGAUGGACAACUGUCACGUGUUAGACGAGUCGCGAUUUAUUGGAGAAGUUGUUGUCACAAAUAAGAAAGGAUUAGACUUUGGGUGUUUUAAAAAUGAUCGUGAAAGUGACAUUGAUGUUUAUCAUAACAGAGUUGAAUAUGAUAAAUGGAUGACUAAAAUAAGACAUCAUAAAAAUCAUGAACAAGAAGACAGAGACGAUGGUGAUUAUAUCACUGACAAUUUAAAUGAUGAAAAUUUUGAUGAUAAUGAAUAUGAUAUUGAGUCAAGAGAUGAUGAAAAUGAUGAUAUCACUGAUGAUGAUAAUGAAAAAGAAAAUGAUAUCAGUAAUGAUCAAAAUGACAUAGAAGAAGUUGAUUCACAAGAUGAAAAAAUUAGAAACAAAAUUGAAGUGCCAAAUCAAAAUGAAUGGUAUAAUGCAGAGACGAGAUAUCCAAUAACAUGUCCACUUGUUUUACUUGACGAUGUGAUACCAACAUUCAAUCUACAAAGUCGCCUGGUCGUCAGGUUGACACUUUUUAACAUCACAAAACAAACAAUUUGCAAUUUGUUUUGUACACGUGUCAUAAUUGAAAAGUGCUCAGAAAUGACAGUCACACUGCGUGGAGUUGAGUCCACGUGUUGUAUCAACUGUUCUGCACUUUCUCUUGUGAUAGAAGACUUUGCAAACACAAUUUCAUUCACAAAAUGUUCAACACACGACUGUUGA